AUGUCAAUAAACAAUGUCUUGUCUACAGACGAAGCCAUUGAGAAUCUCAUUUCCACUUUCAAUGAACUCAACAGCAAUAGUAUCGAUGAACUUCACAACGAACCAAGCCCCCUAGAAUUCAUGCGAUAUGUUGCUCGCAACACACCCUUCGUCAUAAGGGGCGGGGCUUCGUCAUGGAAAGCUUGCCAGGAUUGGAAUUCUGCGUAUCUGCUCUCUGUGAUGAAGGGGCAGAAUGUAAAUGUUGCUGUCACGCCAUACGGCAAUGCUGAUAUGCCUACUGUGCCUCCUGAUAAAGAAUCUAUGGUCUUUGCUAAGCCUCACUAUGAGGAUCAGCCCUUCGAAGAGCUACUUGAGUAUGUAGCACGCCAAGGCGCGGAUCCUGAUUUUCCUCCUGAUGCCGAAGUGCGAUAUGCCCAGACUCAAAAUGAUAACCUGCGUGAAGAGUACAUCACUCUCUUCUCAGACGUACAAAAGGACAUCCCUUUUGCAAGAAUAGCACUAGACAAGAGCCCCGAUGCCGUAAACCUAUGGAUCGGUAACUCCAAAUCUGUUACAGCUAUGCACAAAGACAAUUACGAAAAUAUUUACGUCCAGAUUCUAGGGCGAAAGCACUUUGUUCUACUACCUUCUUUAUGCCACCCCUGCGUCAACGAGCAACCUCUCAAGCCCGCAACGUACAUGCGCGGAGAGAAUGGCAUGGAGCUAAAGAUGGAUCCUGACGAUGAGGCUGUUCCUUUCGCGAUUUGGGAUCCGGAUAAACCUAAACAGAAUGCCACAAAGUUCUCCCAUCUUGCCCGGCCUUUACGAGUAACAUUGGACCCCGGAGAUAUGCUUUAUCUUCCUGCUAUGUGGUAUCACAAAGUGCUCCAAUCGUGCGCCGAGGAAGACGAAGGGUUCGUCCUCGCCGUCAACUACUGGUACGACUUGGACUUUACAGGUCCACUUUAUCCUACAUCGGCUUUUGUUCGUGAUAUAAGCUUGGGAAAUAGGAAGUAG